UUUCUGACGCAGUGGAGGGAACGUUUGUAAUUCGGAAUUUGUAUACGGACAAGAAGGCAACGGCGUCGCGGAAUUAAACUAAAACAUCGCAACAUGUUUAGGCAAGCGAAGGGCAAGACCCCCCGCCGCCCCCCUCCAAAAAAGCCUUCCAACAACCAGAAGGACCCUGUUGGAGUGUAUUGUCGCGUGCGGCCACUGGGUGCAGAAGAUGUGGAAUGCUGUAUUGAGGUUAUAAGCAACACCACCAUUCAGUUACAUGCCCCUGAUGGGCUCAAAGCCAACAGAAAUGGUGAAUUCAAAGAGACACAAUAUUCCUUCAAAAAAGUGUUUGGAAUUAAAACGACACAGGGGGAAUUAUUUGAAGAUGUUGCCAAACCUCUAGUAGAAGACAUCAUUCACUGUAAAAAUGGUCUGUUGUUCACCUAUGGUGUCACUGGCAGUGGUAAAACUUAUACAAUGACUGGCUCACCUGGUCAAGGUGGGCUGCUUCCGCGUUCACUCGACAUGAUCUUCAACAGCAUCGGCCCCUACCAGGCCAAGAGAUAUGUUUUCAAGCCUGAUGAUAAAAAUGGCAUGGAGGUGCAGAAUCAGGUGGAUGCGCUCUUGGACCGACAGAAGCGAGACAGCCAGACAACUGUACCGAAGACCCCAACAACAAGGCGAAUUGACCCCGAGUUUGCUGACAUGAUCAGCCCAGUGGAGGCUUGUAAGGCAGAUGGAGUGGAUGAAGACAGCAGCUACAGUGUCUUUGUCUCUUACAUUGAGAUUUACAACAACUACAUCUAUGAUCUUUUGGAAGAGACACCCAUUGACCCAAUAAAACCCAAGUGGAAUGGUGCAGGCACACCUCUGAGAAACAACACUGAGUUCAUACCACCCCAAUCUAAAAUACUGCGUGAAGAUCAAAAUCACAACAUGUAUGUGGCUGGGUGCACUGAGGUUGAGGUCAAGUCAACAGAGGAAGCUUUUGAAGUCUUUUGGAGAGGUCAGAAGAAGCGCAGGAUUGCAAACACGCAAUUGAACCGUGAGUCCAGCCGCUCUCACAGUGUGUUCAUUAUUAAAUUGGCACAAGCACCUCUGGAUGCAGAUGGAGACAAUGUGCUUCAGGAUAAGAAUCAGGUGAAUGUGAGCCAGUUGUGUCUGGUGGAUCUGGCUGGCAGUGAACGCACUAGCAGAACCCGAGCAGAGGGCAGCCGUCUCCGUGAAGCAGGCAACAUCAAUCAAUCUUUAAUGACUCUGCGCACAUGUAUUGAAGUGCUAAGGGAGAAUCAGAUGUGUGGCACAAACAAGAUGGUUCCGUACAGAGACUCCAAAGUGACCCAUCUAUUCAAGAACUACUUUGAUGGAGAAGGCAAAGUGAGGAUGGUUGUGUGUGUAAAUCCAAAAGCUGAUGAUUAUGAGGAGACCUUGCUGGUGAUGCGCUUUGCUGAGAUGACUCAGGAGGUUGAAGUGGCCCGGCCCAUUGACAGGCCCAUCUGUGGCUUCGCUGCUGGUCGCCGACAGAGAAACCAGGCCUUCAAAGAGGAGCUUACCCGCAGGCUGGAGGAACGUGGUGGUCCUGUAGAUGGAGAGUCUCCAACAGUAUUGAACCAGCUGCUUCAGUCCUUCCCUCCACUUCCUCCCUGUGAGAUCUCUGGGCCUAACGAUGAUGUUACACUGCCCAGACUCAUUGAGGCCCUGGAGAAGAGACACAAGAUUCGACACAUGAUGAUUGAGGAGUACAAUAAAACUGCCAAAAUGUUGAAGUCUGUGCUUCAAGAGCAGGACAGCAACCUGCUCUCCAAGGAGAACUUUAUCCAAGAGCAACGUGGCAAGCUUGGUGAAAAGGAAAAAAUGAUCCAAAACCAGAAGAAUGAGAUUGAUCGUCUGGAAAAGAAAUCCAGGAUGCUGGAAUACAAGAUUGACAUUCUACAGAAAACUACCAACAUCUAUGAAGAGGACAAGCGAUCUCUACAGCAGGAACUGGAGAGCAGAGAACACCGGCUGCAAAGGGAAAUGUCUGAAAAGAGACGCAUGGAAACACGCAUGCAAGGCAUUGUCACUGACUCCAAGCUUAAGUGGGAGAAGGAGUGUGAGAGGCGGGUAAAUGCCAAGCAGCUGGAAAUGCAGAAUAAGCUGUGGGUGAAGGAUGAGAAACUCAAACAGCUCAAAGCCAUCGUGACUGAGGGAAAGACGGAGAACCGGCAGCCACAGCGGCCCUCCAGAGAAAAGGACAAAGUGCCUGCCAAGAGAUCCGCUUCCCCGUCGCCUGUUCCUACUGGGCCGCCGGUUCGGCCUCUACACAGACGCUCGCACUCCGCAGGUGGGGAGAGGUGGGUUGAUCAUAAACCCACCACUAACGUGGACCUGGAUACAGUUCUGCAGCCAAACAUCCCCAAUGCCAUCACAGUGAAUGCUCCCAAUGAGAAAGCUCUGUCCAAGUGUGACAAGUAUGUUCUGACGCACCAGGAAGUUGCAUCAGAUGGAGAGAUCCAGACCAAGCUAAUCAAGGGUGAAGUGUUCAAAACUAGAGGUGGAGGACAGGCUGUUCAGUUCACAGAUAUCGAAACGCUCAAGCAGGAAAACCCUGUUGCAGCCAGCCGUAAGAGACGAUCAUCAGAGACAGGCCCAGAUGGUGAGCCUAUGGAAGGAGACUGGACUGAUGUGGAGACAAGGUGCUCUGUGGCAUUGGAGAUGAGAGCUGGCUCAAACCUGGGACCUGGAUACCAGCAUCACGGAUAUCCAAAACGCAGAAAGCCUUGAGACUGCUCUAGUAUUGUCAUCACAGCAGAGUCCUUUCCUCUCGAAGCCUCUUAUCACUGUGUGCAAUAGCAAAUUCACUUUAUAAUAUUUAACUUUUUAAAAAAAAAUGCUUUUAUGGAAAAACUUUUUUUUAUAGAAGACUACACAAGUUCACCAAAGCUGUUUUUGUACUGCAUUUUCUACCUGGGUGUUGCCAUGUAAAAUUCAUUUUGGUGUGAGUGUGGGUCUGGGUGGGUUUCAAAACAAAAGUGUUACAAAUGUUGUUUUCUAACUGUCUCUCAAGCACAUUAGGUAUUUGUUUUUAUAUAUAUAUAUAUGUUGAUGUGUACUCUCUUGCAUUUGGACAGUUGGGACAAUCGAAGCAUCUGCUGUUUCUUUAAAAAUCCUUUAGUAAAAGUCAUUUUCAUGACUUUAGUAGGCAGCACCUUGGAACAGCACACUUUCCAUGUAGUUUCACUUGUAUGACAUUGCUGCAGACAAAACUGUUAAUAAACGGCAUUUGAUAUA